AUGAGGAGUGGGCUCCUCACCCACUCGCGCCCUCCCUCACUCCCACAGACGUGGACACCACACCACAGGCCGCCCCCUCCCCCCGCGUCCAGCCGCCCGCUCGCUCCUAGUCGGCUCGCGCUGGAGCUCGCGCGCCGCCCCCGCUCCUCCCACCUCGCGCGCCGCCACCACAGCCGGUUUUCCAGGCGGCGCGCUCCGCGCCUGCGCACUGCGGACCAGCCGUCGGGGCGCGGGAAGAGCACGUGGCGCGGCAGCGAGGCCCUCCGCCCCGCCCUGCGCGAGGCUGCUUGGGGUGUAGCCAUGGGGGCGCGGGCGGGGCGGGGCGGCACGCGGAGGAGGGUUCUUAUAAUAGCUUUUAUAAUUGCCAGAGCCCGGAGGGAGGCGAGGGCCGGAGCCGGGGGAGCGCCACGCUGGUCCUGCUGCGCUGCCUCGAGAGCAGACCUGGGAGGCAAGACCUGGCGAUCAAGCCCAGCCUCCAGCGCUUGGAAGCCAAGUGACACCGAGCCAGCCAUCCCAGUGGACCCAGGAAGUAUGGUCUACUUUUUCCUUGUCAAUGAAUCCUUAGAAAACAAUCUGCUGGGACCCUUCUUAAAGCUUUUCCAGCAUGGUAGAACUUGCCACCGCUCUAGUCUUCUGUUACCAAAGAUAAAUCACCUCCAGACCACCAGGAAGCACCAGAGAACAUCAGGGGAGACCGAUAAGCUAUUGCUUUCUUGCCAAGGCAGAGGAAGAAGGAAAGCUUGAUUUGAGGUCAGAGUGACCAAGGUGAAGAAGCUUAGCAC